AGGCUCUGAAAGAGAGGACGCAAAUUCAAUUCCUGUUUCUUUUGUCACACAAAAAUGAGGAACCUCGUUUAACAUAAGCCUGAAACAAGAAAAGAUACAAAGGCAACCCAAUUAACCAGCAUUUGACUAUUAACUUGCUGACAAAAUUCACACCUUCUUCCGACCAAGAUAACAAGCCAAUUAUUUGUAUAACUCCAGCAGAAUUCAAUCUUUAUUCAUGGUUCUGAGCUCCCUAACCAACGUUGGUCUCCUUCGAAAUCGUCGUUCUUGAAUACCCAGAAGUGGAACUGGGCAGAAUGGCAGCUACUCCUUUAGUGGGUUCGAAUAUGCUCUCAUUGAAUUUAUGCUGCAAAAGGGACUCUUUUGGGUCUGCCAAAUCUUUUGUCAUGCAUGGUGUGAAGCCAUUGAAUUUGGGGUCCUCUGGAAAGAGGAGGAUCAUUUGUGGUUGUACGGCUCCUAUUAGAGACUUCAGGCCAGCUGAUGCCGAUGAAUUUUCAGCUACCACAAUCAAUGCAAAGGAUUCAUCUAAGGCUGAGAGUGUGAGCAUGGUGCGGGAGCAGGAUGAAACUGACGUGCUCAUUGAGUGUAGAGAUGUCUACAAGUCAUUUGGGGAGAAGCACAUUUUAAGAGGUGUUAGCUUCAAGAUUAGACAUGGAGAGGCUGUUGGAAUCAUUGGACCAUCAGGUACUGGAAAGUCAACUAUACUGAAAAUAAUGGCUGGACUUCUUGCUCCAGACAAGGGGGAGGUUUUGAUACGUGGAAGAACACGUCGUGGUUUGAUCAGUGAUGAGGAAAUUGCUGGCGUUCGGAUUGGCUUAGUGUUUCAAAGCGCGGCACUUUUUGAUUCUUUAACCGUUCGUGAGAAUGUUGGUUUCCUUUUAUAUGAGAACUCUAACAUGCCUGGGGAUCAAAUCUCAGAGCUUGUAACUGACACUUUGGCUGCAGUUGGGCUGAAGGGAGUUGAGGAUCGACUACCUGCUGAAUUGUCUGGUGGGAUGAAGAAAAGGGUGGCCUUAGCCCGUUCUAUAAUUUUUGAUACAACAAAGGAUGUAGUGGAACCAGAGGUCCUCUUAUAUGAUGAACCUACUGCUGGACUUGAUCCAAUUGCAUCAACUGUAGUUGAAGAUCUCAUACGCUCUGUUCAUAUGAAAGGUGAGAGUGAUGUCAGUAAGCCUGGGAAGAUUGCCUCUUAUGUUGUUGUCACUCAUCAACAUAGUACCAUCAGAAGAGCUGUUGACAGGUUGUUGUUUCUCUAUGAGGGAAAGGUCGUCUGGGAAGGAAUGACUCAUGAGUUUUCCUCAUCAGCAAACUCUAUUGUACGGCAGUUUGCAUCUGGGAGUUUGGAUGGACCAAUUAAGUAUUAGCUUAUAAAACAGUGCUUAGCAUGAAGAUGCAUGACAUCCUUUAACUUGGAUGCCAAUGGAUUUCACUUCGGAGAGAGAAUUUAAAUGGUUGAGUUGCUGGUUUUUUCCGGUCAAGCAUAGCAAUCCACUCAAUUUGAAUGGAGUGAACUAGCUAACAUUUCAGCCUCAACAAGACGUGCCUGUCCUUGUGAUGUUGGUGCAGCUUUUAUUUUGUGAGCCGGCAUCCACAACUUUGCAAGUUGGAUAACAUUGAACGUGACGACGGUCUACUUUUUUGUGGUCUUUAUAUUCUUUUCAGAAUUUUGACCUUGUACUCAUUCUUGCACCGGGCUCUACCUUGUAAUUUGGAGUUAUUUGAUCGUCUAAUGUAUACCAUUUGUAACCACAGUUCAAAGUCUUGGCUGAGACUGAGAGGACUCGGCCGUGUCAUCACAGGAACGGACCUCUCCGUUUUGAUUUCGAUAUCGGGACGGGAUGAGUCUGACAUACAUGGGUCGCCAAGAAAUAAGCCGAGUCACCGAAAACUCGGUCGAGAAGUCUUCGAUACGAAUAGUUUCAGCUGAGUUAUUCCGAGUUAAAUCGCAAAUUUACAUUUUACA